AUGAUCACCUCGGACAUCGCCCAGCUCAAGAAGACGCUGGCCGACAAAGAGCUCCGCCGCGGGCUCGGCCUGGUGACGUCCCUGGAUGGCCCCCUGAACAAGCUCGGCAAGCUGUACAAGAAGGUCGUCGACAUCAGCAGGAUCAGGGACAAGGAUAGCGAGAGCGACGAGGCGCCCGCCAAGAAGGUGGGCCAGAGAGCUCUCGCAUCUCCGAACCUCACCUUCAAGGCCGCACUGAUAUAUAUCAAGGGUGACUGGUCGGAACACGCGAAGUCGUUAGGUUUAGCACCAUGGUCCAGCACCUAUGCGCCAUGUCAGUUCUGCACGCUGUGCAAGUUUGAGCUACACUCGCAAUACAGCACUAUGCGCGACGAUAUGCAGUGGCAAUUGAGGACGCCCGACGAUUACUACGAGGCGCGCAAGAAAUCUGAAAUUCACAUUCCCUUGAAGACGCCCGAGGACCGCCGCAACUUGCUGAACGUCUUGCGUUGGAGAAAACCUUCGAAAUCUGAUCCGAUCACAGGCCGUGUGGUUGUUGCAGACGCUCGCAUCUGCAACGUCGAAGUCCUCGCUGGAGAUCGGGUGGAACCAUCGCGUGCGCUGGUGGACACUGCCGCGUUGGAUGCCGCGCCCUUGCCACUGGUGGUCACCCUCUGGAGAACAAAGAGGCACGGCAAGAAAUCGCUCGAUUGCGUGUCCCACAGAUGCCCUAUAUUCGACAAAACGCUUGGGACAUCUCCAGCUGGGAACCUUGCGGUGGACGAGCUCCACUGCCUCUACUUCGGGCCAAUAAUGCGAUACGUUUCAUGUGUACUAUGGCGCGUUGCGCUGAGUAACCACUGGCGCUUCGCAGGCGACACCGACCAAGUGGUCGAGCUGGCUGUGAGACAACUAUCGGGCGAACUCAUGUCGUGGCAAGACGCGCACGACGUUCCCUUCAACAACCGUCUGCACAGCCUCACCCCGAAGAUGCUCGGUAAGAGGCACGGCUUCACGAUCCAGGACCCUUGGGUAAAGAUAAUAUCGGGACAGGGAGGAUUAGAGAUGCCUUUCAAUGAGAUGCCUUUCAAGGUUGGCAUCUUAUACGCGUUGUACGUGCUGGGCUCGGUGGUGGCCUCGGGCGCGGCCCACUUCUCGCCACCGUGCUCGUCGUUCCUGUGGGUGAGCCGCGGCCACACGCGUCGUACUGAGACGCGUCCUUUGGGCUCAUAUUCCAGGGACGACGUGCGGAUGGCCAACUUCUUGGCCGAUCUAACGGUCGUGACCUGGAUGGGCGCCUGGGGGGGUGACACCAUGAAGCCUGACGCGUUCUACACUAACUUCGGCCCCCACCAGAUUUCGUGCAUCAGAAAGACGUUCCAGGAGGCUCGGGAGAAUCUAGGCGGCGCCAAGAGGCGCAAGAGUCUGGUGGUUCUAGUCGACUCCGAAGACGGUGUCAAUUUCCACGGGACCUUCUCUGGACGCUGCAUGCGAGGCGACGCGGAGACAUCGUCGCGGGAGAUCGCUCGGGGCGUCCCGCGGCACGGGGGCCUCGUGGCCGGGCCGCUCGUGGCCGUCCUGGCGGUGCCGCAGGACCUGCAGCGGGCAGCCCCCCCGCCGCCGCCACCGAGCGCUGCGGCCGUGGCGCCCAGGGUGGAGACCCACAGCGUGGGCCUGCAGACCGACUUCGAGGAGUCGGAGGGGGCUACCGCGGACGAGCCCCCCGAGUCGCCGUCGAACAAGUCCCGCUUCCAGGACGACGAGCACGCGCUGAAGUACUAUGCGAGGCUCUUCGCGGGCAGCGUGCGAAAGGAGUCCAUCCUGUCCAGCCAGAUACAGGAGCUGCAGCAGCUGGAGCAGGAGGGGCACAUUCCGUCUGGUGGAUCGUCGUCGCCCAACAGCCGGUCCAGUAUCAAGCACGCCCUCACGACCCCGCUGCUGGAGGGCUUCCUCGAGGAGACCAUCCCCGAGGACUCGGAGCGCAGGCCCUCCUCUGGCGACCCACACAGGCGCUCCAGCGGUGCUCCUGCGCAGGCGGCGGCAGCUGCUGGACCACCUCCACAGGGAGCCGAUCCUGCCGCGGCGUCUUCUCCUUCGUCGGGCAGGUCCGAGCGGCCGGGGCCCGAGCGGCGCCCGUCCAUGCGGGACUCCCAGGCCAUGAAGCAGGCGAAGGACGUCUCCUCCCGCAUGCGGAACGUCGUGGCGAAGCUGCAGGGCCUGGCCGAGGGGAACAGCGCCAUGCGGCAGCUGGAGACCGAGCACCGGGCCGCCAUCGCCGCCCUGGAGGAGGAGGACCGGCGCAGGCAGCAGCACCUGCACCGGGCCGAGGCCAGCACCCACGCCCUGAUCGCGGAGCUCCGGGCCGCCGGCGCCACCGAGCUGGAUCUCCGCGAGAAGCUGCAGCGAUCAAGCGAAGGCGCCAGGCUCCUGGAGGAGGAGCUGAGGCAGCUCACCGCCGCGCUGGCGGAGGCUCGGCAAGGGCCGCCGCAGGUCGCGGCGCCCCCCGCGCGCCACGAGCGGCGGGGCUCGCAGGACGCGUCGGUGCAGGCGUCGGUGCAGGUCCCCGAGGAGGCCCCCGAGGAGGUGCGGUGGCCGUCCAGGAGGAGGGGUCUCGUCGACCGCGCGGCGCAGACCAACCCCGAGCGGGCGGCGAGCCGCCAGGCGACGCCGUUCGCCGCGCUGAUGGCCCGGAGCGCCAGCCCAGAUGCCGACCGCUCGUCGCUGGAGGGCGACGUCGAGGCCGUGGAGGCGUACCUCGCUGGCAGCGGCACGGAGGUGUACCCGUUCUGGGAGAAGCACGUCGAGCAGUUGCGCGCGCUGCUCCAGCAGGAGCCGGGCGGGCGCGCUCCGGCGGCGGGCAACGUUUGCGCGCCGAGCAUGCCCAG